AUGGGACGUUUUUGCGCCACAUUUACUCUAAAUGAUAAUACGCAUCCACAGAGAUGUCGUACAGUGCGUACAGAAGAAGUCAUUGCUGCUGUAGAGCGUAGCGUAGAGGAAGACCCGAAUCAGUCUAUCCGCCAUCGUGCACAGGAAUUGGAUAUGUGUCCAUCCACUUUAUGGAAGAUUUUGCGGAAAGAUCUUGGUUUGCGUGCUUACAAAAUCCAACUCGUGCAAGAAUUGAAGCCUCGCGAUCACUUAGCAAGGCGUAGAUUCGGUGAAUGGGCCCAAAAUAAGAUUGCCGACGAUCCCGAUUUUCAUAAGCGAAUUUUGUUUAGCGAUGAAGCUCACUUUUGGUUGAAUGGAUAUGUCAAUAAACAAAAGUGCCGUAUUUGGAGUGAUGAUAAUCCUCAAGUGUAUGUUGAGACACCGUUACAUCCAGAAAAACUGACUGUGUGGUGUGCUUUAUGGGCUGGUGGAAUAAUUGGUCCGUACUUCUUUAAAAACGAUGCUGGCCAGAACGUUACAGUCAAUGGUGACCGCUAUAGAGUGAUGAUUACUGACUUUUUCGUUCAUCAAUUGAACAGCCAUGAUGUGCAGGAGUUGUGGUUUCAACAAGACGGCGCAACAUGUCACACAGCUCGUGCUACAAUUGAUUUAUUGAAGGAAACGUUUGGUAACCGCAUAGUUUAA